AAUCGACAUUACACUACUUCCCAACUUAUAGAUUCAUAUCUGAUCCCUCCUAUCCUUGUGGUGCCAGAAAAUAAGAAUGUGGAUGGUCCUAUCUUCCUCCCCUCAAACCCAACUUCACAGUUCAAUUACAACACAAACCUGUUACCAUCCUCUUCAAUCCAAACCCAAGACAACAAGAAUCAACUUCCCUCUCAAACUAAAAUGCCAACAACAAUCCAAUUCCUCUCUGAAACCCAAAACUCAAGACGACGGAAUCCCAACCGAAGACAUAAAAACCCUAGCAAAAUUCAAAUCCAGACACAACUACAUCCGCGUUCUAGAAGUUUCCAGAAAAGCCGACCACCCAUUCCGCGGCUCCCGACUUCUCCUUCUCGACAACCCCGGAAACAUCCACAGCAUUUCCUUCCUCUUCAAACCCCUAACCAACACCUACUUCGACGUCUUCGCCACAAUCCCUCCAAUCAUACCUAAUGGACCCAUCGCCGUACUCGGCUUCGGCGCUGGUUCCACUGCUCGCAUCCUCCUUGACCUUUACCCAGACACAAUCAUUCACGGAUGGGAACUCGAUCCCUCGGUUAUCGAAGUUGCAAGAGAGUAUUUCAAUCUUUCCAAAAUUGAGAGGGAAAACAAACAGAGACUUUUUGUUUACGUUGGAAAUGCGUUGAUGGCGGGUUUGGAAGGUGGAUUUUCUGGGAUUUUGGUGGAUUUGUUCUCGAAGGGGAGUGUGAUACCGGAGCUUCAGGAGGCUGCUACAUGGGAGAAGCUGAGGAGGAGUUUGAGGGAAGGUGGGAGGAUUAUGGUGAAUGUUGGAGGGAGUUGUGUGGAGGCUGAGGAUAAGGUUAGAGAUGGGAAUGUUGUGAUGGAAGAAACUUUGAGAGCUAUGAGAAUGGUUUUUGGAGAGAAGCUUUUUGUUCUUAGGCUUGGAAACCGUGGAGAAGAUAGCUCUCUUGCUCUUACUGGAGAUUUUCCUGAUAUUGAUGCAUGGAAGAGUAAGCUUCCGUCUUCGUUGAGAUGUUACACUGGUUUAUGGAAGCAGUAUUCUGGUUAGUUCACUUGUUUGAGGUGAAACAGAACUUUUGCUCACCAUCUGUUUGUGUUUAUUCCUAUGUGAAGUUUAGGCUUUGGUCCCUCAUUUUUUAUUGCUUUCAAGGACACAGUUAAAUCCCAUUUUUGUGUUUGUAAUUUUAUUUUAUUGAUUGAUAGGUAGUUUAUGCAUGAUAGUUAGUUGUAAUAUUAACAUGCAAUUAAAUUAUUAUUCAACUAAUAAAAGUGUUUCAAAAAUAC